UACGUGGUCGGAAAAAUGUUUUACUCCAACAGUUUCUCAUCUCGGAGCGUCUGUUAGAGCCAGAGCUGUCAUCCACGUGAAGUGAAGUGAAAAUGUAGAAUAAACACGUUCAACUCCUAACGUUGCUGUAGAUCAAUCAGCUGACAACACUGAAGUAAACUGGGAUGGCUGCAUACAAACGGAUUGUCACCAAAGGGCCCUUGCCCCACUGUUACAUGAAAAUUAGAUUGGAGUUUCAGGAUCCCUCUGUGACCAAGUCUCUUACAAUUAAUGCCUCCACCCUGAAGCACGCCAUUGUUACCUCGAUGAAGGGGCUAUUUGGGGAGCUGGGAAGUACUGAAAACAUAGACAUCCUGAAGUUUGAGGAGGAAAACAACGAAGCCAUCGUAAGAGUGAGACACAGUUUCUUUGUAAAGGUAUGGAGUUCCCUCUGCCUUAGUGGAACCUUCAGUGGACACUCCUGUGCCUUCAGAGUGAAUCAAGUGUCUGCUCAUUUGAUGGGUCUGGCCUGUAACAGUCGGGAGGACUUUGUGACCUGACUGCUAC